AAUAGAUCAAUUGAUACAGGCCCCGGAUCGAUUGAGUGAAAUGGCGCCACGACGUACUAGGCUUGCAAUGAGGGCUAAUGACACUCCCGAUCAGGCCCCACCGCCUAACCCGGGAAACGGGGAAUGGAGGGACGAGUUUUGCCAGUUUCAGGAGACCGUGUGGCACCACCUGGCUGCCCACGCCCCCCACCACCUCCGGCGAGGGAUCCAGCAUGGGCGAGGGAGGAGGACCUACACCAGCCGCCGAUACCUUUGCGACGGCGGGAUACCUCCCCAUCGUCAAGGAGCUGCGGGCGAUGCAUACCCCUUGAUUCGAGGGAUCACCGAGGUCGGAAGCCGCUGAGGAGUGGCUCUCCUAGAUCACGCAGGUCUUGUAAUAUCUGCAGUGCCCGCACCAGUAUCGAGUUAUCAUUGCGAGUCAUCAUCUGUUGGGCCAGGCCCGAUAUUGGUGGGCGAAAGUUGUGCAGGAGGCACCAGGGGAGCAUCGCUUCACAUGGGAGGAGUUUCGAUAUGAGUUCGAGGCGAAGUACUAUCGACGUCAGGACCAAGAGUACCGCAUGACCGAAUUCCUCAUGUUGCAGUAGGGAGACAUGACUGUCAGCGAGUACGAGGUGGAGUUCACCCGCCUACUGAUGUACGGAGGGCAUCUGGUACACACUGAGGCAUCGAAGAUCCAGAAGUUCAUUGUUGAACUUCGACCUUACAUGCGGAGGAAGUUCGAGAUCCAGGAGUACCCGACGUUGAGUUGGUACAUUUCACAGCUUGAGAAAGUGGAGCGAGGAGAGCGGGAGAAGGAGGGGAAGACUCGUGAGCGGAGCCCCUUCAGGAAGUGCUUCGGUACAUGUUCAACUGGGAAGAACAUCCGGACCAGUGACUCGCGCGAUAAGGGUAAGGUGCCCGCUAUUCGUGCGCAACCACCACUGACGGCGAGGGACCAGUGGUAUGUUAUCGUUGCAACCAGCCCAGACACAUUCCAUAACGUUGUCCGACGAGGGCUACAAGGCCACCGGCUUUGGCGGCGAGACCACCACGACUGCCAGGCCAGGCGGACAGACCACCCUGACCACCAGCGAGGACCUGGGCAGCCCCGAGAGUUUAUGCUCUCGGCGCCGAGCAAGAGAUCCAAGAGGAGGAAGGGGAGGCUCACCCUGAUGGAGUCAAGGCUGUCGUGAUCGCAGGUACUCUAUAUCUCCAUGGAGUUGCCUGUUGAUGUUGUUUGAUAUUGGGACCACCCAUAGUUUUCUGAGUGCGGGAGUCACGGAGAGGCUUGAGACAAGAGAGAUCGAACCGAGGAAUGAUUUCAUUGUGCGCAUAACAACCGGAGAUACAUUAGAAGUGCACGGGAUCCUACGAAGCAUACCUCUUGAGGUUUGCGGGCGCCUAUUAGUCGCAGAUCUCAUUGGGCAUGGAUUGGUUGAUGA